CCCCCUGACAAAAAAAAAAAAACAAAAACAAAAGGACAGAAAAGGUACGACACAGCCAAUCAAAACACUCCCAUAACGAUCCGCCGAAAAGCUGCAGCAGGGGAGUCUUUUUAUCUCUCUUCUUUCUCAGUUUUCCCGCUGCCUAUCCGCCGCGCCAUGCCGCCAUCCGACGACCCGGACCAACGUCAGCCGCUCCUGGCGGCGCGAGCGUCAGGAGAAGCGGAGGAGGAACAAGUAGAGACCGCGUAUGAGGCCUCCGAGAAGGUCCACGUUGCCGGGUUCGGGGAGCCCGACGACCUGGACCCCGAGGACCCAGCUUCCUACACCGCGGUGCCACCCUUCUCGUGGCGGAAGCUGUGGCUUUUCACUGGGCCGGGGUUCCUGAUGAGCAUAGCCUUCCUAGACCCCGGGAACCUGGAAGGGGACCUGCAGGCUGGGGCGAUCGCGGGCUACUCCCUCCUCUGGCUGCUCUUCUGGGCCACGGCCAUGGGGCUGUUCGUCCAGCUCCUGGCGGCCCGCCUCGGCGUCGCCACUGGACGACACCUGGCCGAGCUCUGCCGGGAGGAGUACCCCAGCUGGGCCAGGACGGUGCUCUGGUUCAUGGCGGAGGUGGCCCUGAUUGGGGCGGACAUUCAAGAGGUGAUCGGGAGCGCCAUUGCAAUCCGGGUCCUGAGCAACGGAGCGGUGCCCCUGUGGGCUGGUGUCGUCAUAACCGCCGCUGAUUGCUUCAUCUUUCUGUUUCUUGAGAACUACGGCGUGAGGAAACUGGAGGCAGUAUUUGCUGUUCUUAUUGCAACAAUGGCACUCUCUUUCGCUUGGAUGUUCAGUGAAGCAAAGCCCAGUGCUGUAGAACUACUUCUAGGAAUCGUGAUACCGAAGCUGAGCUCCAAAACGAUACAACAGGCUGUGGGAGUUGUGGGCUGCAUCAUCAUGCCCCACAACGUGUUCUUGCACUCUGCCCUUGUACAAUCCCGAGACAUCGACCGCGCCCAUAAAGGCCGAGUCCGAGAAGCCUUAAACUACUAUUCUAUAGAGUCCACGGUCGCACUUGUUGUCUCCUUCAUCAUCAACCUCUUCGUCACAACCGUCUUUGCAAAAGGCUUCUAUGGAACUGCAAUUGCAGAUAGCAUCGGCCUUGUGAAUGCGGGCAACUACCUUCAAGAAAAGUAUGGGACUGCCAUUCUGUACAUUUGGGGAGUCGGGUUACUAGCAGCAGGACAGAGCAGCACUAUAACAGGAACUUAUGCAGGGCAGUUCAUCAUGGGAGGUUUCCUAAAUUUGAGGUUGAAGAAGUGGUUGAGGGCUUUGAUAACCCGAAGCUGCGCGAUUGUCCCAACUAUGAUAGUCGCUCUUAUCUUUGACACCUCCGAGGACAGUUUAGAUGAUCUUAACGAGUGGCUGAAUGUGCUUCAGUCUGUACAGAUCCCUUUCGCGCUUAUUCCGCUUCUUUGGUUGGUCUCCAAGGAGCAGAUCAUGGGGACCUUUAAGAUUGGUCCUGUUCUCAAGACCGUCGCUUGGGUGAUCACAGUUCUGGUGAUGGUGAUCAAUGGCUAUCUUCUGGUAGACUUUCUCACAGAUGAAGUGACGGGAGUAGUGUUCGGCUCUUUAGUGGGCGUCGUUGCAGCUGCAUAUCUCGCAUUUAUAGUCUACCUCAUCUUGCGUGGUAUCGGGUUCUCAAAGUUGUGCAACAUUUUCCAAUCAAAGAGAGUCGUGAAUGCAGAAAGCUGAUUGAAUCGGGCCAGAAAGUUAAUCGCCAAUGUACAGCUCUAUCUACCUUUCGUCCUCGUGCAGCAUGCGUAAAUAAACAUACUUUAGUCCUUCGAGGCAUUUGGGUUUCUAUUCUGACCAUGACAUCUCAAUCUAAGGAGAGCCACCCAGUUAUCAGACAGUUACUGAUGGUCAUGCAAGAUGGAAGUCAUUCAUUAUUUUCUGCUAGACACCGUGAAGUGAAGACAGGGAGUGGAAAGAAACGAGAUUUUCUUCUUCCUCCUCCUCCUCUACUUCUUCUUCUUCUUCUUUUUAUGUGGCGCUUCCUCUGUAUUUGUCGGCUCUCUGGUACCAUUUGCGAAGCAACUGUAAGCAGGAAAGCGUAAUCCUGUUAUGUACAAAAAUCAGAUGUAUUAGGAGCUGUAUGAUUAAAAUCCCCAUUGGUUUAAUGUUUCAAGUGUUUGAAAACAAUUAUGAGGUGAACUGCCUGAUGAGCUCAAUUCCAUUUGCUUGACAAA